AUGAAGAAGAUUAAGAGUGGAAAGGAGCUAGUGGAAGAAGUAAGGAAGAUUGAGAAGAACAUCAACGCUGGCAGUACUAUAUCAUCACAGUUUGAGUUGAGUGUGGCUGAGAUAUCCAUUGAUACAUGUGAGGUUCCAACACCUUCACAUUCAGCUGAGCAAGAUAGCGAGAGUCCAGAGGAAGAGAUACUUCAGAUCCAAGAAGAAAUUCUCGAAGCCAAGGCACAAGAUGAUCCAGAGCUCGAACAACAAAGUGAACAAGUUGAAGAUCCAAUGUCUACCACUCCCGAAGAAGUAAAAGAAGAUGAUGUUGAUGAAGAUGAAGAACCUGAGAUUCAUUUGCCUAUUGUCAUACCAGAGCGUGAUGUGUCAGGUUUAUCUAAUCCUCUUAAUGACAUGUCUUCAUAUGAUUUAUUUGCUUCUACCUUGCAUUACAUGAUGCCAUCACUUAAGAUUGAUUUGAAAAAUCAUUUACUUGGAUAUGAUGAUACAUACACUAUUGGUGGCAUUGCUCUCAUUUGUGAUGAUCACAAUUACUUUCCUCAUGCUAGUCUUGAGCUUAAUGAUAAAUGUCAUCCUCGUGUGAGUAUUGACCAUGCUGAUUUCUGCCAUCCUAAACAUGUGCUUUAUAGUUAUGCUUAUAUAAUUGGAUAUUCCAUUGAUGACUUGGAGGGCAUCGACCGUAUCACUUGUAGUUGUUUGUGUGAGUCCUAUUUAAGGCUUUUGCUACUGCACUGUUUACUACAUGCUGACCAGGUUCGAGGUGACAUUCCUUGGGAUCCUGGUGGAGUUAGAGCAUGGCGAUGA